CUGAGCUCUGUGCCGAUGCUCUGCGUGCAAACACGUCAAACUGAGCGCGACGCCGUAGUCACAAACUUGUAGGAGGUGCACUCUCGCAGCCUGGAGUACACCGCCGUACUGCCUGCGAGCUGGCAGCGCACACGCGACGCUGCUAGCAGCAUUUUGAACUUUGUGCAGAGGCUGGCACUGCCACCUUGGUCAGUGCUGCGGCGCACGACGCCUAGAACCGCCUGGCACUGCCACCUUGAGUAGCAGUGCUGCGUCGGAAGACGCCUAGAACCACCUCGACGCCGUCGCCGCACUAGCAAACGAUGGUCGAUUGGUCUCGCAUCGGCCGCCACGCUCAGUACGGCAACGGACUCAAGAGAGCGAAAUAUAGAGGAUGGCUCUACCCUGUGGUCGUCGUCCUCGGAUCUCUUGGAGUGAACUUGCUGCAGGACCAACGACGGAGAUCCCUCGCGAGAACGAAUAUUGUAGUGUACGUCUUCGGGAGCAUACUACACGUCAUUCCCUGGGAGACGCCGCGCGCUUAUGUGCUAGUUUUAGCGGCGGACUUCUGCGCCAUCACGGGCGUCUAUACGACGCACGUGCGAGCCUACUGCCGGUCCACGGCGCCGGCCUCCACAUUAUCGUUGUGGAUGACCACGACCUUGAUCCUGGUCCAGUUCGUCUCUUUACUACGAAAGCGCGACCUCCAGUACGACCAGAUGAAUAGAGCGGUAAGGGUGCUCUGCGGCUUCGGUCAGAAUUUUUUGUUGGCGGCUGUCGAGGUCUUGCGGAUCCCGCCGCCGCUCGGGUGGGGCGUGGCCCUCUCGAAGGUGCUACUCUUUCUCUACUUCUUUGUGGGGGGGCGUGCGUACGCGGCGUCCUUUUUAUGUCGUCUCCACGCCAUCGACGCGUCUGCUCGAUGGCGUCUGCUCGAUGGCGUGCCGGUGAUGCGAUGUCCGCUCGCUGGACCUCCACGCCAUCGACGCGACGUCCGCUCGACUCACCGGUUAACACACGCAGGCCUCGACUCGAAGUUCAAGUGGACCUUCGGCACGGUCCCGGGCGUCUGGGAGGUCCACGAC